AUGACUCCAAGAUCUGAAACCGCUAGAAACGCGGAAUCCCAAACCGCUCACUUCCCUAUCGAGGCCAUGGAGGCCUUAGUCAACAACCAAGGGGCCAUGUUUGCUAAAAUGGUUGAAGCUAUGGAGGAGAUUAAGUUUAGUGCUGCUUCAGGUUAUGAAUCUAACCCAAAGGUAUUGGAAAAUCCACGUGACCCGGAGAAGUUACAGACUUUCAUUAGACAAGUCGAAACUCGGUCCCAAAGGUAUCCCGAGUACAGGGAUAACAAGGUGGAUUAUGCCAGACGGUUCAUGGCUGGGUCGGUCUUGGAAAGAUGGGUCUUAAGUCAACCCGAUAUUUGGCAACUUAGUUGGUCAGAUUUCCUGGCUAGACUCCGUAAUUCCUUCUUGGAUCCGUCGUACGGAGACAAGGUUGAGAUGCAGUUAGAGAAACUCAAACAGACCAGUACGGUCGCGAAGUAUGUGGAGGAGUUUACUCGUCUCAAGGCACUCUUGCCUCCGGGGCUCAGAUCGGAAAGAUCGUUGAAAAGAGUCUUCGUCAUGGGUUUAAAGCCAGUUAUUCGUCCUUUGGUGUUGGCUGGUUUACGCAAUGACGCUGUGACUCUUGAUGACAUCAUUAAUGAUGCUCUUAUGCAAGCCACAGGUGUGGAAGCUGGAUGGGUUGAUGACCUUAAAGCCUAUUCCAAUCGUUGGAAUGAGUUUAAAGCAUCCACCAAUGCUGAUGCUAUGGAGUUAGAUGCGGUCUCCUUCAAGAAGCUUAGACCCCAAGAGAAGAAGGUAUUGAUGGCAAAUGGUGGUUGCUUCAAGUGUCGUAAGACGGGACACUUUGCUAGGCAAUGUCCAAUGGGAGGGAAGAAAGCUGACAAAACUAGAGCUAGUUCAAAAAACUAG